AUGUUAUCCAGUAUUCCAAUAGUGAACGUGAACAAAUCCAUGCAUCCGCUCUUGCUACCGAGCAUCAACGUUUUUCUGUUAAAGGACUCGCAAAAUGGUAGACAGCAGCAACAGCAACAACAUUUGGCGCCGUUGAGUUCGCUUGACAAAAGAGAGGACCCAUUUAUAAUGUCACUCAAUGAUAAUAACUAUACCACUACACACAGUGAUGGGUUGAAAACAGAAGGGCUCCUGGAUCGAGCAAGGAAUUCCUCUGUUCAGUCUAUCUCAGAGAGUGACGACAUCAGUAGUCAGAGUUCCAAUUCUGGUUUCGCUUCACCUAUCCCACAGUCUACCGAUUCAGAGCAGUAUUUCAAGGGGAAGAAAAGACAAAGGAUGGGGCCCAGUUGCAAUGUAUGUAGGUCCAAGAAAGUCAGGUGUGAUGCUAAAGUGGAGGUUCUUUUCAGAGACUCGGCAAUCAUGCACAUGCUUUCCGAUAAGUUGAUCCAUCAAGUCUCGCUAGAGGAGGCAAGGGAGCUUGCACUUCAAUUCCCAAAACAAUUCAAAAUACCAAAUGAGUUGUACGAGAGGGGGAGCGACGUUAAGUUGAUGAAACAUCUGGAUAAGUUGCUACUGUUCUUCCCCUGUUCGUCGUGUACGAGGCUGGCUCAUAAGAAGCACAUCAAUACGGAUAAAGAACAUUUCUGUCACUUCUCGAAGGGGUUGACCAGAUCUGACACCAAUAUCUUUAGAAGAAUCUUCAAAAAGACGCGGAAGGACAUCAUGGAUAUGAACGUUCAAGACUAUUCGGAUUGUGGGUUUUAA